AGGAAAAACCCGAUGGAGGAAGCAGGAAGUUGGUCUCCGAGAAGCCUCAGCAAGUAAACAAAGAGCAGAGGGGAAAAAAAAAAAAACUAUAAAAGAACACAUAAAGUUUCCUUUUUGAAAUGGCCGGUAUUAAAGCACUGGUAGGUUUGUCAUUUAGUGGUGCCAUUGGUCUGACGUUCCUCCUGCUGGGCUGUGCACUGGAAACCUAUGGGGUAUACUGGCCGCUGUUUGUCCUGAUUUUCUACGUUUUGAGCCCCAUCCCAACCUUCAUAUCCAGACGCCUCAGUGAGGAUGACUCCUCCAGUAACGCGUGCAGAGAGCUGGCCUACUUCCUAACCACGGGCAUCGUGGUGUCGUCCUUUGGGCUGCCCAUCGUCUUGGCCCGACACGGCACCAUCAUGUGGGGAGCCUGUGGCCUGGUGAUGGCAGGAAAUGUUGUCAUCUUCCUCACCAUCCUUGGCUUUUUCGUGGUGUUCGGAGGUGGGGACGACUUCAGCUGGGAGCAGUGGUAAAAGGUUUCUGGGUUAAUGCACAGACAAACGGGUUAGUGAACCAGCGAUGCAGACUGAGACGUGUGUUUGUUCUGUUCUCAAUCAGUGGGGUGACACUCAUACAACAGAGAGCAAAGUUAUUAACUAAACCUGCACAUCAUCAAGCAGGUUUCUGUGUUGAGGGGAUUAGGGUUAGUAAACAGUAGCAUGUAUCAUCAUAUGUGCCUUAUUGAUGGGACCAGCUGAAGCCUACUAUCAUCAUAUUCACCCUCACUAUCCAUCAUCUCGUGUGUUUUAGCUUGCCUGAGUUUUAACCUGUAAAAGCAACUCAUCUUUUGCUGCUGUCUUCUAGAACAUUUUAUCUGUUAGUAACAGAAAGGGAUCCAAAAAAAAAAAAAAAUCAACUAUUGUCAUUUACACAACCCUGCAUUAUUUCUGCUUUUUCCAAGAGAAGAGAGGCUGUUCUAAAAUAUGGCUUGUUUAAUAGAACUGCUUUGUGAAGCUUAUAGAUCAGAAAAAAAAGUAAAUUUAUUCCACACUAUUAGACAGUUAGAUGUAAAGAUUUAUUUUCCUGUUUGGUUUUUGUGCUUUUUUGGCUCCAGACUUUAUUGCCUUACUUUUUGACCUGAUGCAACUGUUUACAUUCUCACCAAAGAUCAUUUUAGACUGCAAACAGGACCGAUGAUUAACCACUGAAGUGUAGUUUUUGAUUCGUGCUGUGCCGUAACCUAAUCCUCAGAAACCAGCCGCGGCGUUGGUUUUGUAUGAACAGUCCUGGGAAAGUAGCCACGUUUAUUUUAGAUUCAUAUUUAUAUCAAAGAAACAGAAUAAUGACUAAAGAUCAAAGUUAAUAUAUCGAAUGUUCAAUUUUUCAUUGCUUUAUGCACCUCUCUGCAAUGAAGGGCCUCUUUUGCAAGUUUAUUCAUGAUUGUCUAUCUUUGCUACGUGUGUUUCAUCUGCAGAAAAAUCACUGGUUUUGAUUUGUUUUGUCUUUUUUUAUUAUUAUUAUUACUGUCAUAUUAUUAUAUUAUUAUUAUUAAUAUAGCCCAGUAUUGUUUUAUCAUUGUUGAAUAUUAAUACAAAAUGAGAUCCUUUGUUCUACUCUUGUUUUUUAUUAAGACUUUGAUGUAAUACUUUAGUUUUUGUCUCAUUUAGUUUGAUUUAUUUUACAUUUGGUUCAUUUCUGCAUUAAGGGGCAAUAUAGUUUCUGUAACUGACAUGUUGAAUACAGUCAUAACUCUCACACACUAAAGACGACUCAGAGAUUAUUUUAUAAGCUCCUGACCUUAUGUUGUCUAACCUUUAAUAAAAGUUCUUCAUCUGUAGCAAA